AUGAAAGCUGCUGUUGUAUCAAAUCCUGUCGAACCUACUAAAUUGACAGAAGUCAAAGAAAUUCCCAAACCUAAAAUUCAAGAUAAUGAAAUUUUAAUCAAAGCAAAGGCAUAUGCCAUCAAUCCGACAGACUGGAAACACAUUGUCUUUAAAAUGAGCAAGCCUGGUGAUGUUGCCGGUAGUGAUGCAAGUGGCAUUGUUGAGGAAGUUGGAUCUCAAGUUACAAACUUCAAAAAAGGUGACAAUGUCAGCUCUCUUGUGAUUGGUAAUGUCUCUCCUGAUAAUGGGGCAUUUGCUGAAUACUUUGUUGCCAAACCUCAAGCAACAAUCAAGUAUGAUCACGAUUUGGUAUCCUCACUGGAAUCUAAAUCUUCUACAAUUGAUUCUUUUGAAGGGGCUGCAAGUGUUACCGUUGGUUUGGUUACCGUUGGAAUUUCAUUUGCUCAUUCCUUGAACAUUGCCAAAAAUAAGGAGAAGGGUGAUUCGAUUUUGAUCUGGGGUGGUGCUACUGCUACUGGUAUUUUGGCCAUCCAAGUUGCCAAAUUGGUUUACAACUUGAAUGUUAUCGUCACCGCCUCUCCUAAGAAUCAUGAGUAUUUGAAAGACUUGGGUGCUGACCAUACUUUAGAUUAUAAUGACGCCGAUGUGGUUCUGAAAUUACAACUGCUUGGACAUAUAAAGUUUGGUUUGGACACAAUUAGUAAUAAAGAUACCUUUCAGAAACUCUAUGAUGCAACUGCAGGCACACCAGAAGUUUUCUUGGACUCAUUGUUGCUUCUCGAUGGCAAGUCGAUCAAAACUGACCCUGCAAGAAAUGUUCAUUGGGGCUACACUUUAGGGUACCUUGUUGUUCAAAAGGAAAAAGUCUUGGGAACCCAAAAGUUGGUACAAACACCAGAAUUGGUCAAUGACUUUAAUGCUUGGUGGGAAAAUGUCUUGCCUACAAUUAUCAACAAAGUCAAGCAUGCCAAUUUGAAGAUUUUAGAUGAAGGCUUGGCUUCUGCUAAUGAAGGAUUGCAAUUGUCAAGAGACAACAAAGUUUCUGGGCAGAAGAUUGUGUUUCGAGCUUAA